AAUUUUUUUCACCCGCGCUGGUUGUUCCCCGUGUUGGUAUAUCCUCUUUUUUUGACACCGCGCGUUCCGACGCCCGUUCGUCGCUGUGUGUGUUAGUGAGCCGGGUGGAGAAUCAGAAUUAAAAGUUAACAAAAAUACAAGAGCUGAACAGCGUCGUGUUGAAAAUUGUCUUAUUUACUUCGUUAUUUACUUGGCUGUCGCUAUUUUUUUCUGGUGGCUAUUUGCGUGCGUUCGGUGCAACGGCGGAAAGUAAUAAAAGCUCGGCUCGCAUGCAAUUUUCAUUAGUGGGAAAAUUGUUUGAUAUUUAAGAGUCACCACCCGAGGAACGGCAGACAGACAGACAUACACAUUCCACAUUCCUAAUAAUAUAAAUAUAUAUAGAUAUAUAUAAAAGUAAAACCGAAACAAGGAGCCAAACGACCAAGAUGUGGCGGCAGUCAACGAUGCUGGCCGCGUUACUAGUGGCUGCCAUUCUGGGCAGUGCAUGUGCAACGUCAAGACCCAACUCCCCACCAAGAAUCACCAAGCAACCCGCACCUGGGGAACUGCUCUUCAAAGUGGCGCAACAAAGUAAGGAGAGCGACAAUCCAUUCAUUAUCGAAUGCGAAGCCGAUGGACAACCAGAGCCAGAAUACAACUGGAUCAAGAACGGCAAGAAGUUCGACUGGCAGGCGUACGACAAUCGUAUGCUACGGCAACCUGGACGCGGUACUCUGGUGAUCACCUCGCCAAAGGACGAGGAUCGGGGCCACUACCAGUGCUUCGCGUCUAACGAAUUCGGCACGGCCACCUCGAACUCGGUAUAUGUGCGGAAGGCAGAGCUGAAUGCUUUCAAGGAUGAGCAGCCCAAGACCCUGGAGGCCACCGAGGGUGAACCCUUCAUGCUGAAGUGCGCGGCACCCGAUGGCUUCCCCAAUCCCACAGUCAACUGGAUGAUCCAAGAGUCCGUGGACGGCAGCAUCAAGUCGAUCAACAAUUCGCGCAUGACCCUGGAUCCCGAGGGUAACCUCUGGUUCUCCAAUGUGACCCGCGACGAUGCCAGUUCCGAUUUCUACUACGCCUGUUCGGCCACCUCAGUGUUCCGGAGCGAGUACAAGAUCGGCAACAAGGUCCUGCUCGACGUCAAGCAGAUGGGCGUGAGUGCGUCCCAGAACAAGCAUGCUCCCGUGCGCCAGUACGUGUCCCGUCGCCAGUCCUUGGCCCUGCGUGGCAAGCGAAUGGAACUGUUUUGCAUCUAUGGUGGAACACCCCUGCCCCAGACCGUGUGGAGCAAGGACGGCCAGCGGAUACAGUGGAGCGAUCGGAUAACACAGGGACACUAUGGUAAAUCUCUGAUCAUCCGGCAGACAAACUUUGACGACGCUGGCACCUACACCUGCGAUGUGUCCAACGGCGUCGGCAAUGCCCAAUCCUUCUCCAUUAUCCUGGACGUCAACUCCGUUCCAUACUUCACCAAGGAGCCCGAGUUCAACACAGCCGCCGAGGAUGAGGAGGUGACCUUUGAGUGUCGUGCCGCUGGUGUACCCGAGCCCAAGAUCAGUUGGAUCCAUAACGGCAAGCCCAUUGAGCAGAGUCCCCCGAAUCCCAGGAGAACUGUCACCGACAACACCAUCAGGAUCAUCAAUUUGGUGAAGGGGGAUACUGGCAACUACGGUUGUAACGCCACCAAUUCCCUGGGCUAUGUCUACAAGGAUGUCUACCUGAAUGUCCAGGCCCUGCCGCCAACGAUCCCGGAUCCGCCAACGGCAAUGUCCACCGUGGAUGGUCGGAACAUCACCAUGAAGUGUCGCGUUGAGGGUGCCCCCAAGCCCCUGGUCAAGUGGCUGAGGAACACCAAUUGGCUGACCGGAGGCCGUUACAAUGUCCAGCCUAACGGUGAUCUGGAAAUCCAGGAUGUAACCUUCUCGGACGCGGGCGAAUACACUUGCUAUGCGGAGAAUAAGUUCGGUAAUAAAUCGGCCCAGGGCUCGCUGGUGGUCAUGGAGCGUACACGUAUAACCCAGGAGCCGCAGAACUACGAGGUGGCCGCCGGCCAGUCUGCCACAUUCCGCUGCAACGAGGCGCACGACGACACACUGGAGAUCGAGAUCGAUUGGUGGAAGGAUGGCCAGCCCAUCGACUUUGAGGCCCAGCCCAGGUUCGUAAAGACCAAUGACAACUCGCUGACUAUUGCCAAGACCAUGGAACUGGAUUCCGGAGAGUAUACGUGCGUGGCCAGGACCAAGCUGGACGAGGCAACGGCCAAGGCUAAUCUGAUUGUGCAGGACGUACCCAAUGCCCCCAAGCUCAUGGGCAUCACCUGUCAGGCCGACAAGGCGGAGAUCCUGUGGGAGCCCCAGGGAGACAACCGUUCGCCCAUCCUCCACUACACCAUCCAGUUCAAUACAUCGUUCACCCCCGCCUCCUGGGACUCCGCCUAUGAGAAGGUGCCCAACACCGACUUCUCGUUUGUCGUCCAGAUGUCGCCCUGGGCGAACUACACCUUCCGUGUGAUUGCCUUCAACAAGAUCGGAGCCUCGCCUCCGUCGGCCCACAGCGAGAGCUGCACCACCCAGCCGGAUGUGCCCUUCAAGAACCCCGAGAAUGUCGUCGGCCAGGGCAGUGAGCCCACCAACCUGGUAAUCUCCUGGACCCCGAUGCCCGAGAUCGAGCAUAAUGCCCCCAACUUCCACUACCGUGUCAGCUGGAAGCGCGACAUUCCAGCUGCGCCGUGGGAGAACAACAACAUCUACGACUGGAAACAGAAUAACAUCGUGAUUGCCGACCAGCCCACCUUCGUCAAGUAUCUGAUCAAGGUUGUGGCCAUCAACGACAAGGGCGAAUCCAAUGUGGCCGCCGAGGAGGUGACUGGCUAUUCGGGCGAAGACCGUCCCCUGGACGCUCCCACCAACUUCACGAUGAGGCAGAUUACGUCGGCGACCAGCGGUUAUAUGGCCUGGACUCCGGUGAGCGAAGAAUCGGUGAGGGGACACUUCAAGGGCUACAAGAUCCAGACAUGGACCGAAAACGAGGGCGAGGAGGGACUGCGCGAGAUCCAUGUCAAGGGGGAUACCCAACAAGCUCUGGUCACCCAAUUUAAGCCCGAUGCCAAGAACUUUGCCCGCAUCUUGGCCUACAACGGACGCUUCAAUGGCCCACCAAGUGCCGUCAUUGACUUCGAUACGCCCGAAGGUGUACCGUCGCCGGUUCAGAGUCUGGACGCCUAUCCCAUUGGCUCCUCCGCCUUCUGGCUCACCUGGAAGAAGCCGCUCUACCCGAACGGCAAACUCACCGGCUACAAGAUCUACUACGAGGAGGUACGCUCCAGCUAUGUGGGCGAGCGACGCGAAUACGAUCCCCACAUCACCGAUCCCAGGAUCACACGAAUGAAGAUGGCCGGCCUGAAGCCGGACACCAACUACCGAAUCUCCAUCACGGCCACCACGAAAAUGGGCGAGGGAUCAGAGCACUACAUCGAGAAGAAAACGCUGGCUGAUAUGUCGAGUGUGGCCCCCGGUACACCAACAUUCUCCUGGGAACAGGUCCCAUCUGAGAACGGAUUGGCCAAGUUCCGCAUCAACUGGCAACCGAGCACUGAAGGUCAUACCGGCACUCACUUCUUCACCAAAUACAGGAUCAAGGGUGAGACGCAAUGGGUCCGGACGCCAGAGGAGAAGAACAACGAUUACCAGGAAGUGAAGGGCUUGGAUCCGGAGACCGCCUACGAAUUCCGCGUAGUCUCCGUCGAUGGUCAUUUUAACACUGAGAGUGCCACGCAGGAGGUGGACACGAACACAGUGGAGGGACCGAUUAUGGUGCCCAACGAGACGGUGGCCAAUGCAGGUUGGUUCAUUGGCAUGAUGCUGGCCCUGGCCAUCAUCAUUCUCCUGUUCAUCUUCAUCUGCAUUUGCCGGCGCAAUCGGGGCGGCAAGUACGACGUCCACGAUCGGGAGCUGGCCAACGGUCGGCGAGAUUAUCCCGACGAGGGCGGCUUCCACGAGUACUCGCAACCCCUGGAUAACAAGAGCGCUGGUCGCCAAUCCGUGAGUUCAGCGAACAAGCCCGGCGUGGAGAGCGACACCGACUCGAUGGCCGAAUACGGCGAUGGUGACACAGGACAAUUCACCGAGGAUGGUUCCUUCAUUGGCCAAUAUGUUCCUGGCAAGCUGCAGCCGCCGGUUAGUCCACAGCCUCUUAACAAUUCCGCCUCGGCGCAUCAACAGCAGGCACCAGCCGCCGCCGGGGGAUCUGGAACAGCAGUAGCUGCCUCAUCGAGUGCAGCCGGGCCAUCCGGUUCCGGCUCUGGCGGGGCAGGAGGAGCUGGCGGUGCAUCAGCUAGCAACGGAGGAGCUGGAGCCGUGGCCACCUACGUCUAAGAGGCGUGGCUGGAAUUAUUUCGUCCCCUGAUUUCUUGAUAUUCUUUGAUAUUUUUCCUUCAAACGAUUCAAACGCCCCUUAAACCAAAAAUUUUUGUGUAAUCGUAAUUGUGUAAAACGAAAAACUGCUUUAAGUGUCUGCAAAAAUGGAAAAAUAUUUAUAAUUAAUUAAAAAACAAAAAAGAAAACUUAAAAGAGAAGGAAAAACAAAAAAAAAACAAUUGUAAAGUGAAGAAACUCGCAUGAAUUUAAAGCAUAUAAUUUUGCUUCUUUUGGCUUAUAAAAUUAUUCUAGCAAACAGUUACACGCCUUUUCAAAAAAAAAACAAACAAAACUUUUUGUAUAAGCAUAGGAAACCAAAAAAAAAUGCUAAUGUAAACGUUAAAAAAUGAGAAAAGAGGAAGCGGAAAAUAACUAAUAAUGUCGCCUGUUCGUGCAUUCCUUUUCCCCUUUUUUUUUGUUUACCGAAAUCUCGUUUAGUUAUUAGUGGCACAAGGAUUUAUACAUUUAAAUCUGUGGUCCGCACAGACAAUUUCUUUGCCGACUAAGAAUGAAAAGAAGAAUCAGUGCUUUCACCUAAAUCUGAACUUUAUUUAAUUUCUCACUUGGUGCGGACCACCGAUUUAAAUGGAGUUUCAGUCGAGUAGGAAAACUGGGCGAUCGAGUGGGAAAGAAUGCAAUAAUUGAGGAUUGAGUGCAUCAUAAUUAAUCAUCAUCCAUAAUAAAUGUAAAACUAUUCCAGUCGAAACUAAGAUUCGUUCAAAACGUACAAAGAUCAAGGCUAACGCUAGCGUCAGGCAGGCAACUUCGAUCAAUUGGGUGACUGAAUUGCGAAGAUAAUGCCAAAACACUCAGGAUUCAGGCCAACUCGUCUCUAUCCAGCAAUCAAUUAUACAGAACUGCUCGUUAAUGUAUGACUAACCAAAACAAAAGCAUGUGUUCAAUUAGCAGCAAGUCAGCGGCUCUUUACUUCUUGCCACAGUAUAUACAACGUCGAGAGCUAAGAAUUCAAUCGCCAGUUUUUUCAAAAGAUCAAUAGUUACAGCCCAGCAGACAUAGAAGCGGACUUGAUUCGAAAAAUGUCCGCUAAAGAUAUUAAAAACGUGCAAAGAAUUGGACUUGCCGCAUUAGUUUCGCUAAAUGCUCAAAAACGGACGCGCAAACGGACAAAUAGCGAACGACUAUUGCGAUUAUACCCGCUAAUGAUAUCGUAAAAGGUCCGCAAUUGAAAUCUAAUUCGGAUUUGAGAGCACUUGCUGCCACAAAACCCACUUUAUUAUCGUUUACGAGUCUGAAUCUAACGUUUUGUCCGCAAAACGAUCGUUUUUAAUAUCAUAAACGAACGUUUUUGUCUGCUGGGAAGUUACCAAUCCAUUUUUGGCGGCCAUUCGUAUAUAUCGUAUAUAAGUUUCUGAUUUUCGUCCAUAGUGUAAUGCAAUUUGUCAUAGUGCUUAAAAAGAUACAAAAACCUUUCAUUUUGUCCAUUAAUCGUUUAAGUAAAGCAAAUUAGUUAAUUAACAAAUUAGUUGUACACACCUAUAUGAUAUGCAGUAAACAAGAACCUCUGAUUGUUCCAUAUACUCGUAGUAUGCCCCACUUAUUUUAGUUGAAAUGUCAAGACCCUCAAGAGGCAAUCCAUAGAGAUGCUUCUCUGGUUUCCGCUUAAUCCAGAUAUUUGUAAUAAGAACUACGUAUUCGUAUAUAUAUUUUUUUUCUAAACUAAAAAACACACAAAGUGGCAUUAGAAUCUAAUACGUAAAGAACAAAUAAAUAAAUAAAAGAACAACAAGAA